AUGGACGACGUGCAGCGGUUCGUUUACCGAGCGUUGCGGUCAGAUGAGGACGUCAUCGCAGGGCUGAGGGCGCGGGAUCCAGCUGCCAACCGUACCAUCUCACAAGCUUUGGAAGAAGGUAAAGUGGCGAGCCAGUUCUUGCACGCGACCAUCUUGCCAGAAGUGGCGCUUUACUACGCCAAGGCUUACUCCGAAACUUCGAAGCAGCAAAUCGUGGAGAUCGAUUUGGAGGGCUUCAGUGGCGACAUCGUUGAUGUGUCAGACCCCCAUGCCUGCAACUGUCAUGACAUCCCUCGUUCUAGCAAGGCCUAUAAUUAUGCCGUCAAGCACAGGGUCGUGAUGCUCAAGGGCUACAUCCGGCCGGAACGUCUGUCUCACAAAGUAUGUCACACCACAGAGUAUUGCAUUGACUACGCUGGCCGUCGGUCCCUAGACGAUUUCGUGUCAGUCCUGCCGGAAGCGAUGCGACAGGAGGUCAAUCGCUACUGGAGACCCGACACGUUGAGUACAAGACGCAGAAGGCCAAUUUCGAAGACGUCGCUGAGCCAAGCAGUGCACGAGGACGAUGCCGCCCAGAAACUGGUUCUAAAGAAGGCAUCAGACGGGCUAGCGCAAGAAAUAGAAAAGCUUCAAGCGAGAAAGAAGGUAAUCGACGCACAGUCCCGAGAGCUUAAGAAGAGGGCUGACAGAGAAGCUCGCUUGAAAGAAGAAGCGCGAGAGCGAAAGCUUGAGGAAGAACGGCGGGAACGAGAGCGGCGAGAGGAAGAGCAUCUCAAGAAGAAGCUCUUGGCCGAGGAGAGGCGAGGGCCGAAAAUCCGUGCAAGGUGUCCGGAGAAGGACCAUUUAUAUGACAACUUCGACAGGAAAGCGCUGCAGGUGGCUCUCGGGAACGGUGGCUACAUUGCGAUCUGGGACCAUGCCAAGGGCCACGCCUGGAGCAACAUUCCAAAAUCGCUGGAAAACAAGCUCAACGGCCGGGGCUAUCAUCAGCCACAUGCCACGAUGGUCGCACUGAGUCCGGAUUCGGACGGCUACUAUGUGCAGUUUAGCGAUGAGUCAGCGAAAUAUUGUGGCCCUGAAAGCUUCGAGGAACUUGUAGCCACUUCAAAACCUCCGUCAGUUGUCGCACUCGGCGAGAGAGGAUCGUGGUUUGUGGGAUGGCCCAAUGGUAACUGGGAGUAUGAUGGUCUUCCACGAAGUCUUCGCAACAUGCUGGACUCAAACAAGCACAGGUCUGUCGCCAAACUCAGUAUCUCCGGGACGAGCCAUGAUCAAGAUUUUGAUGAGGCAGCCUGGUUCGUCCACUGGGAAGAUGAUGGACACCCCGUUUGGAGGCUGAAGAAUGCACCUGACAUCCUCUCAGAACGACUGCAGGAGGUGCAGGAGAAAGGCGGAACGGUGCGGAGUAUCGAGUUCGGAAGCUAUGGCGAAUGGGUUCUCCGCUACGGCUAUGCAGACUAG